CACCUCUCACUCGAAUAAUUUGAAUUUAUGGGCCUCCUAUAAGUCAUCCAACACCAUAUUCUAAGCCCAUCAGUUUUCUUCAUCUCUCUGCUCGUGGUUCAUCUGCGCCGCCGUCUUCGCGGUGAUAGUGUUGGUUAAGGAUGGAUGUUGUGACUUCUGCCGUUGAAACAAAUGCCCCUGAAAAGAAUGUAUCUCAGUGGGAGUUCAGCUGUGAUUUGGAAGUAGACUACAAAUCUGAGGAAAAUGCUUCCAUCAUAUAUUCCGCACUGGCUAUUGACAAGGAGCUGCAACCAGAUAAAGUUAGGCGAUUGAUGUCUGUCUCAAACGGGAAACUUUCAGUGCGGUUUGAAGCAACUGAAGCUAGAUUUCUUCGCGCAUCUUACAGCGCCUUUGUGGAUGCUCUUACACUGGCUACUAAAACAAUUGAGCAAUUUGGUAAAGGCAUGGAAGUAUAACAUGAUCUUCAAACUCAAAACCAUUUCAUGUGUGUUCUUAGUGUUAUGAACAACAAUAGAUAUUAUUUUUUGUAUUCGGUAGAUGCAUAUUUAUUUCUAUACACUAUGAAACCUAUAAUGAGAAGGAUCUUCGUAUCAAAUGUCUCAA